AUGCGCAAGACAUUACUCCUUGUUUUUAUCCAUGGCUUCAAAGGCGGCGAUGACACCUUCGCGGUCUUCCCAGAACACCUACGAGCCCUCGUGAGCCAUGCCCUUCCGAAUAUCGAUGUUGUCACUGUGACAUAUCCCAAAUUCGAGACCCGAGGCGAGCUGAGGGACUGUGUCGCCCGGUUUCGAGAAUGGCUACAAAAUAAGGUCAUCGACUUGGAGGUUGCUCGCUCAACUCCAUCUCCUACCGUGGAUCCUUCAGUCCAUGUAAUACUGAUCGGCCACUCGAUGGGCGGCAUCGUCGCGGCUGAGACAUACCUCAUACUCGCCAGUGAACAACCCAUUCCCGCCCCGUCUUCUGGGCAGAAUCCAGAAAGGCCGAAUUUCCCUUCCAACACAACGCUGGGUUCGACGACGUCCACCUCCCAUCCGACUCCAUAUCACAAUGAGCCCGAUCCGAUAUCCCACAGCUUCAUGUUCCCGCACAUUCAAGGCGUCUUGGCCUUCGAUACGCCAUUUCUCGGGCUGGCGCCAGGAAUGGUAGCCCAUGGGCUCGAGGGUGGCCACAAAGUCGUGGCCAACGCCUACAAUACAUACUCUGAAGUAGUCUCCAUGUUCGGUUGGGGCUCCAAGUCCGAGCCCAAUGUCUCAUCAACCUCACCCGCAUCUAGUUCCAGAUCCAUUGGCGCCCUACCUGCACCAGCUUCCUCCUCCACGGAAGACGCAGCGGCCGCCCCCAAAUGGCAGGCUUGGGGGAAAUAUGCAAUGUUUGCUGGUGCAGCUGGCGCUGUCGUUGCAGGCGGUGCCGCGGCCUUGUACUCACAGCGCGAGAGGCUUAGCGCUGGUUGGAAAUGGGCCGGCGACCACUUGCUGUUCGUGGGAGAGUUGUUCAAGCCGGAGCACUUGCGUAAGCGGGUCGAAAUUCUGGAGCAGGAAUGCAAAGAGCGAGGAGCAGGAUGUGCGAAUCUGUACACUAACCUUGGAAAAGGAGCUAGUGGCGGAUAUGGCAUCACGGAAACUCUGGCAGGCAAGGAGCGGACUUUUUGCAAUCUACCCGUACAUGUCAGCCGAGGUAGGAAAGAGGGCAAAGAAGGUACGGGCGAAGGAACACCAAGCGGAUUUAAAUGGAUCAAGGCUGUCAACGACAAAGCUUCCGACGAGACCACGGCGCAUGUAUCCAUGUUCAUUCCACGGGAUAACCCGGGGUUCUACGCCCUUGGGGAACAUGCCAAGGAGUGCAUCGCUCGGUGGAUUGAUCAAGGCUGGUACCGCGCGAGCGACGGGCCGACGUUUCUCAAAGCAGAGCACAACCGCGUGGGACUGGGCGAAUCACCAGACGGAGGAUGGGUGAAGCCCGAUGUCGACGAAAUCAGGGCUCGGGAGAGAGCAAAAGAUCGCUAUGGCAAUUCCUACAACCACUCAGAUGCCGAUUACGAUGCCGAUGUUGAUGCAGAGCGGAGUCUAGGUAAGGACUGGGACUCUGUAGAUGUACACCACGGUAAAGAUGGUGUUGAUGAUCUACUAGACGACGGAGGCCUAAGGAUGAGAGAGGAGGAUGAAGAGCUUGAGGACAGCGUGAUUGUUGAGAAAAGGGCGGCCAGUGGAGAAUUACCGCUACCAAAGUCGAGAAGCAAUAGUGGAGUAUGA